AUGAACUCGAAACACAGUUCGCUGGAGGAGAAAGUGAAACUGCCGCCCACGGAGACAAUAAGCCGAUGCUACCAGCCGCAGCAGAGCAACCGCAAGGUCAUCCGCAUCCUGACCGUCGCCGUCUAUGUACUUUGCGUUUCGCUGGCGGCCAUCAUGCUAUCCCUGUACUACAUCUUCAUCUGGGACCCCACCAUCCGGCCCUUUGUCACCAAGGCCACGCAUUGCGAUAAAAUUGUGAUACCCGAAAAAAUAGCCAUUCGCCUCCUGAACUCAUCGGAAGUGACCGCGGAGCAGUUCUACAAGCACAUCCUCGAGCAGUACCGCAUCCUCAGCCACAUGCAGCAGCAACGCCAGCAACUGCUGCAGCGCCAACAUCUUCAACUGCAGCAACUGGAGGCAAACAAUCGCUUCCAGGAGGUCUUUGCCACGGCCACCAUCAUUCAGGCACAUCCGCAUCCCCAUCCACAUCCCAGGGAGCCGCCCAAGAAGCCGCUGUUAGGUCCAUAUAGCCCGCUAUCGGCAAACAUAAGUCACACGAUGGGUGGUGAUCAGUCGGGCCUGGGCAACUUGGAUGCAGAUCAAGAGCAGGCGCAUAUGCCCCUAAUCCUGGACACCUCGCCGCCGAUCGAAGUAACCGGAAUGGGUCACCUGAAGCGGAAGACACAUCGGGGUCACUACAAACAUCAUAGAGCCCGAGCCGGUGGUCAAAAAAAACUGUCCAUUGCCAAUUCGAUUGCCAGCUCCACGCCGAGCACCACAGCCGGAGGAGAUGCGUCCUUGGCCACUGCGGCCACUUUGCCACACGGUUAUAUGGACGCACCAUUGAAUCCGGCGGCAGGAACCAUUGUCCAGGCACCACAACUGCAGCUUUACACCUCGAUGCCCAUUCCACUGAUCCUCAGUCCCAGCGAGGAGAAGCGUCCCUCACAUCACGCCCACGGACAUGUCCAUGGCGAGCGGCGGAACGGGGCGCAAUCCGGCGGGCGACGAAGGACCACGACUGCCUCCGUUUCUGGCUACGAGGCGCAGACCUACCUCAAUCCGUUCCUCACCGGCGAGCUGAUCUUCGAGAAGUAAGGGACUGGACCCAAUCAGGAAACGUAAACG